AUGUUAAAACAACCGUUGGAACAAGUAUUCAGUACCUUACAUAAAGAAGAUGAAGAUUCCGACGCUAAAGGUAACAUAGAAAAACCUCCAUCGAUAGAAGAAAUUUCAAUCCCUUCUGUAAUUGAUCUCUUUGAAGUUGGAGUUUGCUUUGCGCCAACUAAUGAAGGCAUCCAAAGCAUUAAUUUCGACAUAAAAACUGCCACACUUUAUCUCCCUAUCAUUUGUGUAGAUGUGAAUUCAGAGAUUGUUUUAAGAAACAUGGUGGCAUAUGAAGCGUGUAGAGUAUCAGGGCCAAUGGUUCUGACUCGUUACACAGAAUUAAUGAAUGGGAUUAUUGACACAGAAAAAGAUGCUAGUUUUCUUCGCGAUAAAGGGAUUAUUAUAAACCGUUUGAAGAGCGAUAAAGAGGUGGCGGACCUGUGGAAUGGAAUGAGUAAGUCUAUUAGAUUGACAAAUGUGUCUUUCAUAGAUAAAGUGAUUGUAGAUGUGAACAGGUAUUACAAUGGAAGGUGGAAGGUUAAAUUUGGAAAAUUCAUGAAGAAAUAUGUAUUUGGUUCGUGGCAGAUUCUCUCUUUUCUUGCUGCUAUUAUGCUGUUGUUGCUCAUGUGUUUACAAGCAUUUUGCGAGGUUUAUAGCUGCAGACGCAUUUUUCCUAUCAAAGCCCUCGAACCUGCGGAGGCAUACCAGAGUCUCGUCCGGCGCCCCAAUUUCUCCUUACCUUCUCAAGUUUUUUAA